AACUGCUACAACUCGCCCCUCAUACAAGUAGCGGGGCAGGGCACUCGCGCUUUCAUUCUGACACCUACAGACCCAGAGCAGUGCGGUACAGAGGACGCAGCACAAGGAACAGCACCGCGAUUCCAGGCAGACUCCCGAACAAGUCUGCAGGCGGAUAUUUGUACAAUGGCCAAUACAACACCUGUCCACGCGACUGCAAUGAAGACUUGCGUUUUUCUGCAUUUGCUGGUGUUUUUAGCGGAAUCUGCGAAGGAGGGCAGCUUAUACAUGUGGAUCGAUUCGAACCAAGCCAGAACCCUAAUAGGUUUUGAGGAAGAUAUUUUAAUUGUGUCUGAAGGGAAAAUGGCCCCUUUUACUCACGACUUCAGAAAAGCGCAGCAGAGGAUGCCAGCUAUUCCUGUCAAUAUUCAGCACAUGAAUUUCACCUGGCAAGCGACAGGGCAGGCAGAGUAUUUCUAUGAGUUCCAGGCAUUAAGGUCUCUAGACAAGGAUGUGAUGGGGGACCCCACUGUCAAUGUGCCCCUGCUGGGGAUGGUUUCACACAAACCCUCAGUGGUUCAGAUUGGUUUCCCCUGCUUUGGAAAUCAGGACGGAGUGGCCGCGUUUGAAGUCACUAUUCUUGUAAUGGACGCAGAAGGCAACAUUAUUCUUCGGACUCCCCACAAUGCUAUUUUCUUUAAAACUUGUCAAAGAGCGAAGUGCCCCGGGGGGUGUCGGAACGCGGGCUUCUGCAAUGACAGGCAGGUGUGCGACUGCACAGAUGGGUUCUAUGGCCCCCAUUGUGAGAAAGCUCUCUGUGCUCCCCGGUGUCUGAACGGAGGGCUGUGUGUCAGCCCCGGAGUGUGUAUAUGUCCUCCAGGUUACUACGGCAUCAACUGUGACAAGGCAAACUGCACCACAGUCUGUCACAACGGUGGGACCUGCUUUCACCCGGGGAAGUGCAUCUGCCCUGCAGGGUUCGAGGGCCCUCACUGUGAAAUCGGCAAGUGCCGUCAGCCUUGCAGAAAUGGAGGGAAGUGCACUGGGAGAAACAAAUGCAAGUGUCCUAAAGGAUUCCUGGGGGAUCUGUGCUCAAAGGCUGUCUGUGACCCGGGCUGUGGGGCGCACGGAACCUGCAUGGAACCAAACAAAUGCCACUGCAAAGACGGCUGGCAUGGAAGACACUGUAACAAAAGGAACCGAGCCAGUGUAAUGAGCGCCCUGAGGCCAACCAGCACCAAGCACAAACUGCACACGCCUUCUCCGAAAGAGGCUGACGAGGGCAAGAACCCACCCGAAACCAAUUACAUCUUGUGAGCGCACACUUCUGAACUCUCCAUUUACUUCUUAGACCCAGUUGCCUUGUGGAUCGACUGUAUUUCUCUGAUUACCAUGGUCUGAAGGCCGGGGUUUCUUAACUUUGCUAUAAACCACUGACCAGUUAAGAAAUGUUCCUUUGUUAUUUUUGUUUCAUUAAUAUUGUCAGAAUGGUAAGUUAUGGAAUGACGCCCUGUUGAUAUUUUAUAGAUGUGUGUUCCGUUUCUAACUGUUCAUUUAUCUGUGCAACCAUAAUGUUUGUUAUCCAAUAUCCGUGGGGCGUGGGGGAAACAUUUUGAAAAAUUCAAGAGAAUUACAUAUUGUUUUUAAAAACGUACGUGCCAUUUGUCACAAACACGAAGCAUUUUUUCUGUUUUUUAACAAGUAAUGUCAUAUAACUCAGAAUUUAAAACUGUUUGAAUAGGACCACAUAUUACAAAAAAUCAUUCAGUACCAUUUUGUUUCAUAAUUAAAACCAUUCUUUUUUUGAUAGGUAUUAAAAUGUUGCAGGUAUUCAACUUUGAUCAUUCUAACUAUCAACCUUAAUAUUAAAAUUAAUAAUCUGUACAAACUGACAAAAUGGCAUAUUGUGAUACUGUAUUUAAUAGUUUCUGCUACAUUAUGUCUUGAGAAUUUAAGUUGUUGUAUUAGUCAGCAGGCCACUCAACAAGUAAACAUCCUUGAUGUUAUUUAUUUUUGUGAACCCCAUUUCAAACCCUCAAGCCCCCCUUACAUAGCGUCGCUGCAAGGGGUUCCAAAAAAUAAUUUGUGAGGGAACUGAACUUCAAGCAUUAGCAAACACAGUGGAGUGCGUAACAAACUUCCCAGUGCUGUCUCCUGAUCCCCACAUAUCCUGUCAACAGAUCAACAAUUGCUUUGAUCUAUAUUAUUCAUGCUUCCCAGAGCUUUUAAACUGGGAUUCGAAACCAGACAGAUACCCAUGUAUAGGUUAGCUGAAACCAGAAACUAUUCAUCUGAACACUGAGUACUUUUCUUGGUUUUGUUUCUUACUGUCUGCACGUGCUCAGCAUGGCUGCGAGAGAGCGGUUCUUUCUGAAUAUGGCAUUCAGCUAAAGAGUUUGAAUAAUAAUCAUCCAAGGAAAGGGUAGUGCAGGGAUACAGGAGAUGACAAUAGUAAGCAAUGCAUUUGUUUAAUAACACUUCAAAGAUGCUUGCUUUUAUCGCUUCUUUACUAAAUAUGCCUUUUGAAGUUAAUAUAACAUCAUUUUUCAGUUUGGCGUUUCAUUUUUUUUUUAUAUAUAUAAAUAUGAUUUAAUAACUGUUUUUUCCUUUUCGCGAGAACACAUUAAACACAUUUUAAUUCUUGUUACUUUUUAAUUGCCAUUACAAAAUGUUGUAUUGAAACUGCAUACUAUAUUGUAAACCAAAAAAAAUGCAUUUCUUUUAUUUUCUUUCAUAUGUGCGCAAUUAUGUAUUAAAAUGAAAUGUUGCUAUGCCUCA